AUGAAGAGUAAAGACAUAUUGAAAGUUGUGCUGAUAGGAGACGGGGGUGUAGGAAAGACUUGCCUUCGAAACCAGCUCAUACAUAGGCGAUUUACGAACAAUUACAAAGCUACGAUUGGAGCGGACUUUAUAACAAAAGAAGUGAGACUUGAUAACGGCCGAAAGGUUAUGCUACAGAUAUGGGAUACUGCUGGCCAAGAACGCUUUGCCUCACUGGGUGUGGCUUUCUAUCGUGGUGCAGAUGCUUGUGUGCUAGUAUACGAUGUUAACAACUACUUGACGUUCGAACAUCUCGAUCGCUGGAGAACCGAGUUUUUGCGUCAAGCAUCACCAAACGACCCGUUGGAAUUUCCAUUAAUCGUAAUCGGAAAUAAAAUCGAUCUUUCCUCUCGUGUUGUCUCUCGACGUCAAGCGCGAGCGUUUGCAGAUACCUACAGCGGUAAGACGAUGAAGAUAAAGUGUUUCGAGGCUAGCGCAAAAGAGGGAAUCAAUGUCGAAGCAGCGUUUGAACACAUUGCUCGGAUGGUUACGCCUGAAGUCAUUGAUAUGAAUAUGAUGGGGGAGGAAGAGUGCGUGGUUUUGAAAAGCAGUUUAGAAUUGCAGAAUGACAAGUCCGAGCGCAAGGGACAGAGCUGUUGUAUGGGUGGAUGA